UUUAUAGAAUGCUUUUUCAUAAUUCAACUUCUGUUAAAAACUUGAAUGAUUUACUCUAUUUCCUCACUUGCUUCUAAUUAUUUAAUUUGUUUUACUUUGGAUUCUAUUGUUUUUAUCUAUUUUAUAAUUUAAGGUCUUUUUAUAAAAUUAUGAAUAUAAAUUAAAUGGUAUAAAUUUAAAGAGAAAAGGGUGAUAUAUUUUAAGUUUCUUAUAGAGAAUAGUGGUAGCUGUAAUUAUUUGACAGAAAUUGGCAUAUAUACCAAUUGUCUAAAUAAUUGAAGAGUUGCAUAAUACAAAGGAGAUGAAAAGUAUUAAAUUAUUCUCAUUUAAUAUU